AUGCCCGCCACCAUUACCCCGCCCCCUUCGCCCAACGCCAAUGCAGACUACAAUCGAAUCCUCGAACCCAAAUCAUCGUUGAAUAGAACCCCCUCAGCCACCAAACUCGUCGCUCCAGGUGCCGCCGCUCCCUCGUUCGAGCCGCCAACGGCGACCAAAGUCGCCACCUCUGUCGUCAAUUAUCAGACACGCUGGGAGAGAGAAAAGGCAAAAGCCCGUGCUGAAGGUGCCGACAUCGAAUCAGGCGACCCCAAGAUGAUCGGGCCGUGGGUCAUCGGCGAGAUGCUUGGACGAGGCGCGUCGGGUCGUGUUCGUCUCGCUCGUCAUUUCAGCACGGGCAAGAUGGCCGCAGUCAAGAUUCUCAACCUUCACCCAAGUCUGUCGUCGCGCUCUUCUACCCUCAAGUCUGCUGGUGAAAAGGCAGAAAAGAUGAGGCUCACGGCAGAGCGUGAGAUUGCCGUGAUGAAGCUUCUGGAUCAUCCAAACAUCAUGAAGAUGUACGACGUGUGGUCGUCACCCAAGGAGCUCUAUCUUGUCCUCGAAUACGUACAGGGUGGCGAACUCUUUGACUAUCUCUGCUCCCGCGGCUCGCGCUUGCCACUACUUGAAGCAAUUGGGAUCAUUAAGCAGGUUCUCGCUGGUGUCGACUACUGUCACCGCUUCCACAUCUGCCAUCGCGAUCUCAAGCCGGAAAACAUUCUCCUCACCAGCGGCGACAAGGGCAAGAGUCCGCACAAGCGUGUCAAAAUUGCCGAUUUUGGCAUGUCCGCCCUCGACUCGCUCAAUGGACUACUUCGAACCAGCUGUGGAUCGCCUCACUAUGCCUCUCCCGAGAUUGUCAGAGGGCACACCUACUCUGGCGCCGUGUCGGAUAUCUGGAGCUGUGGUGUCAUUCUCUAUGCCCUCUUGACGAGUCGCCUUCCCUUUGAUGAUCCCAACGUCAACAAUGUGCUGCGCAAAGUCCGCGACGGUCGUUUUACGAUCCCGGAAUGGGUUGCUCCUCCUGCACAAGACUUGCUCAUUCGCAUGCUCGAGGUUGAUCUCACCAAGCGCAUCACGAUGAGACAAAUUUUCCAGCACCCACUCCUGCAGCUCGACACACCGGGUAUCAUUUUGCCUCCAGUGCCAAAGAUUGAGGACUAUGCUCUUCCGGUCGCUCGAGAUGACGUCGACGCCGAUCUAUUGCGUAGUCUUUGCAUUAUCUGGAGGGAAAAGGACUUGCAGUCGAUGAUAGCGAGACUUUGUUCGGAUACGCCCAAUUUUGAAAAGGCGUUUUACUUUCUCCUCUGCCGCUACAGAGACCGCUCGUUUGAAGAGUACAACAUGGAGUAUCCGUCCUCGUCUCAUUCAUCGUCUCUUGCGUCGACCCCAGUCGUUACCCGUCCUGGCACGCCCAUUCGAGACCUUCGAGAUCCGAUGGAGGAGACAAGUCCCAUUCGGCGCCACUAUCCUGGCAAAGUCGCGAUUUUGUCACCACACCCGACACCGAAAACCAAGUCGGACUCAUCCGUCAAUGGAUCCGCCAAGAGGUCGGAACCCAGACCAAAACACCAACAAUCUCCGUCUCGACCUCGCAUAUUGUCCGACACCAACGCCAUGGCUGGUGCAAAGACAAGAACACGAGCCAAGACACUGCGCGAGGAGCAGGCUACGGGUGCUCGUGCGAGAAGUGGAAGUGGUUCAAGUACCAGGAGCAGAGCAGGCUCAUCUCCGAGCCAAAGUAAUGCUUCAACUCAGACCAAACGACCAACUCCUCGGCGAUCGUCGACUUCUGCGCCAAGAGCCAGAAGUCACGCAUCCCCUCCGGGACCGACCAAAGAGAGGACUGCGAUGCACAAACCGUCAAUAGACGUACCUCGUCGACUAAAUAGCCCGGCUAGAGUUAACUCCUCUCUCGUUCGACAACUUGCAUCGUUAUCAACCCCGGCACCUGCUCGUCUAGCACCGCGAGUGGCAUCUAACGCGGUCCCGCGUCCUCUUACCAGUGUCGCAGAGGAGAGGCAAUCUCGGAUGGGUACCGCAAGAGAAAGCAAGUCGUCUUCUAUCAAGCGCGCUUUGAACUCGAAAGACGACCAGGACAUCACGUUCUCCAAGGCAAAUGUGAACGACAAGCCUCUAUCUACACACCAUGUAAACCAUGUUCCACGCUCUAGAGACGUAAUGAAGGAGCGCUUGGAUUCGUUAUCAUUCCAGCAGCCCACCAUACCUCGUCCGACGGCGACUGGGCUGGGCGUAUUCCUCGCAGAAAAUGCCGAACCCAUUCAAACAGCCGGUCUCUCAUCUGUCCAUGUAAAGGACGGCUCGCGCAUUCCAGAGGACCGUGCUGGAGCUAGCUCUAGUGGAGAGACUUGGGAGGAGGUAGAAUGGCCAACUCAGAGUGCUGAUCAGGGAGCAGUCAAAAAGCUGAAGCCGCGCCGCAGACCCCCUCCCCUCGAUCUAUUGAACCCAUAUCACCGUGACCGUCGGACGCCUGCGCCGCAAGCGUCGCCGUCCAAUACACCAAUCAUUGGAUCUCCUCUACUACACCCCUUUAUGAACUUUAGCGCUUUGUCUUGGGCGACCGCCUCCCCAGUCCUCGCAUCUCCAACACCCGAAAGAGCAGUCCCACUUCAGCGCAACUCGAGUUCGCAGUCUACUCCUCCAGCGACAAUCGGUUCCCGUGGUAUUCUCGCCAGAUUCUUUGAUUGGAAGAGCCCGGAUCUUUCCAUCCUAUCAAGUGCGGGGCUGUCUGAAACGAGAAGCGAGGUCACUCGUCUUCUCUCGCUAUGCAACGCAACCUUUCUUCAAACGGAGAGUGGGAGUUAUAAAUGUCGUAUCGAUGAAUUUGUUGAUGCCCAAGGGAACCAAAUACUCAAGAGCGUGCGCUUCCGCAUAACCAUCUCGCCGCUUUCCCAAGGACCCUCGACGAGCGUUAUCCCAGGUGGUUUUCUACCGGAGCGCCAGUCUGAACGUCUAUUGCAAGCCAGUCCAGUUUCUAAAUCUGGGGCUUCGAUUGGAUGCAUCGUGACAUUCGCUCAGGAGAGAGGAGCUUACUCAGUCCUCAAGAUGGUUCAUCAAGAUAUGGUCAAGCGUUGGAGUCUCGAUGCAUCUCUGGGCAGUACCCUUGUGUCCACGGCUCAGCUCCCACCAACACCCAUCUCCGCAGGACUCGAUUCCAGCAUCCCAAUGCUGCCAUAUGCGCGUAGCUCGACGUAG